ACCAGGAGUCGACGUGUGCAGAAGUCCUUACAGUCCCAGGGCCUGUUUCCUGUAGCAGCUCCCUAUUGCUGGAGAAGAGGUGCCCAAGAUCCUUUCAGGAUAUUUGGUUUUUUGGGCGCGACACAAAUCGAGGUGAGGGAAGAGAGGAAAAUCCCCUGAAUCCCUGCAGGAUUACUUUAUUCAAAAACGAAAUAAAAAAUACUCAAUAUGCAAAAGUCUUGUGAAGAAAAUGACAUGCCAAAGGCCGAGGAAGACCGCCCUUUGGAAGAUGUACCACAGGAGGCAGAAGGAAAUCCUCAACCUUCUUCAGAAGGUGUGAGCCAGGAAGCAGAAGGAAACCCCAGAGGAGGGCCAACUCAGCCUGGCCAGGGAUUUAAAGAGGACACACCCGUUAGGCAUUUGGACCCUGAAGAAAUGAUAAGAGGAGUAGAUGAGCUUGAAAGGCUUAGGCAAGAAGUAAGAAGAGUGAGAAACAAGUUUGUGAUGACGCAUUGGAAGCAAAGACAUUCACGCAGCCAUCCUUAUCCUGUGUGCUUUAGGCCUUGAAUUCAUUUUUGCCUAAUAUUAAAAUCUGGCCCCAGCUUUCUUUCUGUUAGCAUUUUUUGAAAUAUCUUUGACCUCCAUCUUACUUUUAAUCAUCUGAUGAAACUUUGUUUUAGGUAGUUUCCUUAGUUCCAGCAUCUCAUUGGAUUUUGGAUUUUGAUCCACUUUCCAGGUUUAUUUUUCAAUUAGAAACUUUUACACAUUUGCAUGGAAAUAUGUUCAUUCCAUAAUGUAAAGUAAAGCAUAACAGGUUAUGGCAAAGCAGCAUAUUUAAUAUCAGCUCACAUAUGUAGGAUAAAAUUCCAAACUUUGUGUGUGUGUGUGUGUGUGUGUGUAUGUCUCUGUGUAUGCAUGCAUCCAUAUAACAUAUAUCAAAAACUUAACCUUAAGUUUAUUUCUGUGUGGUGUGAAGUUUUAUUGGCUUUCUUCUAGUUUUUCUUUUUGCUUAUACGUAUUUUUUAAUGAACCUGUGUCUUGCACAAAAAGAAUUAAGGAUUUUUUUUUUUACACGUAAGAGUCAAUCAGAUAAUUUGCAACGAGCUUAUGAGCACAAUGGGGGCACCUAAACUCUUGAUGAUAAAAGAAAUGUAAACCUCACAUUACCUCUGGAUCUCUUAGCCAGAGGAAUAAACUGGCAAUUAUUACAGAAAAAAAAAAAAAAAAAAAAA